AUGACGAACGAUGACACGACCCUCUCGUAUCCUCACAGAGUGCAGAAACAGAGAUUAGACAAGCAAUGUGGUAAGUUCAUGGACAUGUUUAGAACUUUACACAUUAACAUUCCUUUUGUAGACAUGUUGGAACAAAUGCCAAAGAACGCGAAGUUUCAAAAGGAGAUUCUCACCAAGAAGAAAAGGUUUGAAGGACAUGAGAUAGUGAUGCUUACGGAAGAUUGUAGUGUGUUGCUAUUGAAAAAACUGCCACAAAAGCUCAGAGAUCCAGGGAGUUUCACAAUUCCUUGCACAAUAGGUAGUAUUCAUUUUGAUAAGGUUUUAUGUGAUCUAGGUGCUAGUCUAAAUUUGAUGCCCUUUUCAAUUUACAAGAAACUAGGCCUAGGGGAAGUAAAACCAACCAUUGUUCAUCUUCAAUUAGCGGAUAGGUCUAUAAAAUAUCCUAGGGGAGUAGUAGAGGAUGUCUUAAUAAAAGUAGAUAAACUAUUUUUCUCGAUAGAUUUUAUUGUAUUAGAUAUGAAAGAAGAUCAGGAGGUGCCUCUAAUUUUAGGAAGACCUUUUCUAGCUAUGGGUAGAGCAUUGAUAGAUGUUCAUCAAGGAAAACUAAUCUUGAGGGUAGAGGAUGAACAAGUUGAAUUUAAUGUUUUUGAUACUAUGAAAUGUCCACCCAAGUUAGAUACUUGCUUUGAGAUUAGUAUCCUUGAUGACAAAGUAGCGGAAACCAUAGAAGAAAACUGCCCUAGCUCACCCCUAGAAAAUUGUUUAGUCAACUCUAGGAUUAUGGAGGCUGAAUUUGAGAGGUUAGAUGAACAACAAUUGAAGCCUUAUUUGUAUGGUGGAUUGAAGAAUAAAAGGGCUUGGAUUUUUCUAGAUGAUCCAGAUUGA